AUGAUAUUUAGCAUUUCAGAGAAUGUGGCACAAAACAAGCGCAUAAAUCAGAAACAGCGGCCACCGUCACUGGGACUGAGGAGUGAAGCGCCAUUGGAAAGAUUGGCGGCCGCAGCGAAUUCAGUAAUCAGUGAGGGUGACUCAAGUGAAAGUAACCAUAUGCCAGCAGUUCAAAAAUAUGAUGUUAAAGUGACAACGAUAGAGCCAGAAGGCGUUUCGAAAACAGCCGGUCACCUGCCGGAAAACGAGACGUCUAAGGAUGCGCAGAACUUACAAGCACAGGAUGAUACUCCUUUAGUCGUCAGUGUAGAGGAGGGAGGUGCGAAAUUGGAGGAAGAGAGUUUUGAGGCCGAGGAAGAAGCGGAUGCCACGACAGUGAAACAAAAUGCUGCCGAAUCGAGAGAAGCAAAUGACGAAGCGGGGAAAACUGACACCGAGGCACAGAAAGCGUUUGCGCAGGCCCAGGAAAUUAAUGGUGAUGCAGGACGGGCGGCCUGUGGCGAUGCAAAGAAGACAGAUAAUGGUGUGGAUGAAGAAGAAGCGGUCAAAGUUCAGAAGGAAGGCGUUGCGGCAAGCAGCCAAAAAGGAGAUACAAGUGGCUGUAAAGCGAGCGAUGAUGAUGCAGCAGUGCUGGAGCGACGCAAAAGUUUGCGAGUGCGAAAAAAUAUUUUUGGUGAAAAUGCGCUGGCAAAGAAAGAAUCGACAGCCGAAGAGCGGCGAAAAAGUUCACGUAUGAUGAAGAGAACACCGGCUAAAGUGUAA